AUGGAAUUGGAAAGUUAUACAGAAGAGAGUAAAGAUUCGACUUUGAAAGCAGGAACCUCAAGUCUACUUUUUAGCUUCAGUCAUUGAGUAAAUGUUUUGAAGUAUUUCGGAUAUAUCAAGCAAUGCCAGAGCAUGCUUUUGUCUCUUUGAAGAUCUACUAGUGAGUUUUGGGUAGAAAAUAAAGAAGCCUUGCUAAAUGCACUUGAAUUCAAGUCUGACAGAACAACUCUCAAAGCUUUAGAGCCUUCUAUAGACAAUUAUAUCAAAUAUUUCAAAAGUGUCAGUGAUCCUACAGUGUUUUAUAUCAACGACUAUAUCAUCGAGCUUCAUGGUCAAAAUUCAAUUUUUAAAUUUUGAGAAUUUAUAAGAAGCUUUGAAAACAGACAUUUGAUAAAGUUUAAACAGAUUCUUGUGUAUUAUGAUGGUAAAAUGACUUCAGAUGUCUUGAAUUCACCCUAUGAUGUACUCAAAGAAUACUCAUUAGAUACUUCAUGAAUUCAAGUGGAGGGAAUAAACAUGCUCUGACUCGGAAGAGAAGGAUUGAAUGUUAAAUAUACUCAGAAACUGAAGCUAUCAAUAAUAACUCAAUUCUCAAAAUUUGAUUAUCUCGAUGAUCCUGAGUUUGAUCCAAUAAAAGAAAUUGAACAGUUCUGCUUUAAUGAUAGCGAAUUCAGAUCUCUUGAUAAUUUAGAUUAUUAUGCAGAAAUCAUUCCUAGAUCAAUUAAACAAUCAUGCAGAGAUAUCAAUAUCAAACGCUUCCCUUCAGAAGAGCCUAUGAAUGAAGAUACUAUCAGAAAUAUCUCAGAAGGCCUGACUAUAAUAUUUCCUAAUUUUGAGAAGCUAACUUUUGAUCCUUGCAUAUGUUUAGAUACAUCCCACAACCCAAGAAACUUUCUUGACUUUAUUGAAGAUGGAAUUUCUCUCAAGUCGUUUUCUUCUGACGGAUCUCAACUGACUAUGAUGAACUGCAAUGUCUUCUAUAAAUCUAAAUCAGUUGGAGAAUACCAAUCCUUUAGUACUUCCAGAAUAGAAGUCGGUCAUUUCAAAAAUAUUCCAUUUUCUCCAAAACACCUAGGCAAAGGAUUCAUUGCUAUUCCGGAUUGCUCUAUCUUGGAGAUUAAUAACAUUCAUUCUAAAAAUACACAAGAUCUGUCAAAAUUUCAUUUGUUUAUAAGAAAACUAAAGAACCCUAAAAAGUCAUUAAAGUGUAAGAGACUUCCUCCAGACAAUGUUUAUAUUGAAUCAAAGGAGUUUGGAUUAAUUGCUAACGAAGCAGCCUUAUUAUCCUGUAGACCAACUAAAUGUACAGUUUUAAGACUCUAUUAUUCCAAAGCUUCAGAGUCAAAGGCCUUAUUUGUAGCAUUGGAGAAAUUAGAAUGGGAUCGUUUUGAACUAUCGGUCAGCAAUCUAAGAGUUACUUAUUUACUGUUAACCAAGCUGAUGGCUUUCAAAGUCACAGAUUUAUCUCUCAGUGUCGGCCAAUUAGAUAAAGGAUUGGAAAAAAUUCCAUUGAAAGCAAAGAAUACACUCAAGUCUUUAAUUCUUGGCUGCAAGUCUCUCCAAACUCUCACAGUAGGAUCAAGUUCAGGAUUUCAACAAGUCAAGAGAACAGACAAAAACUUCGAGAUGGUUCUAGAUAGGAUCUUGGGUGGCAAACCUGAUCUAGAGUUCAAAGCUAGGUUUAGAUUACAUGAAGUUGUGAACUAUUACUAAUGAUGAAAAUAAAAAUCUUGGAUGUGCUAAUUUAUUCUUCACUGUGCA